CCGCCAGAGACCACGCCCCUUGCCACAGGCCCCGCCCCCUCGCUUUUCCGCGGCCCCGGCGACUACCGCGCGCACUGAAGAUGGCGGUUGCGGCGGGAAGGUUGUUCCGGGCUUCGGUUGCCCGACAUGUCAGCGCCUUUCCUUGGGGCAUCUCUGCCUCUGCAACCCUUAGGCCUGCUGCUUCUCAAAGAACAUGCUUGACCAAUGUAUUGUGGUCUGGUUAUGGUCAAGCAAAAUUCGCCUUUAGCACCAGCUCCUCAUGCCGCGCCCCUGCCGUCACCCAGCACGCACCCUAUUUUAAGGGUACAGCCGUCGUCAACGGAGAGUUCAAAGAAAUAAACCUUGAUGACUUUAAGGGGAAAUAUUUGGUGCUCUUCUUCUAUCCUUUGGAUUUCACCUUCGUGUGUCCUACAGAAAUUGUUGCUUUUAGCAACAAAGCCAAGGAAUUUCACGAUGUGAACUGUGAAGUUGUUGCAGUUUCCGUGGAUUCCCAUUUCAGCCAUCUUGCCUGGAUAAACACACCAAGGAAGACUGGCGGUUUGGGCCACAUGAACAUCGCACUCCUGUCAGACUUGACUAAGCAGAUUUCCCGAGACUAUGGUGUGCUGUUAGAAAGUCCUGGUGUUGCUCUGAGAGGUCUCUUCAUAAUUGAUCCCAAUGGAGUCAUCAAGCAUUUGAGUGUCAAUGAUCUCCCAGUCGGCCGAAGUGUGGAAGAGACCCUCCGCCUGGUGAAGGCAUUCCAGUUUGUGGAAACCCAUGGAGAAGUCUGCCCAGCAAACUGGACUCCGGAUUCUCCUACAAUCAAGCCCAGUCCUGCUGCUUCCAAAGAAUACUUUGAGAAAGUACAUUAGUAGAUCAUCCCAUGUGCACCUGCAGCUUCUCACACCAGAAAAGAACCACAGUUGGAACUCACUUUUAGCAUUUCAAAGAUGAUUAUUUAUAGAAGGCAAAAACCCAAUUAUGUUUGUAGUCAUAAAUAUCACAGAUGUUUUGUUUUUGUAACAUUGGCUAAGGCUAUUUAAAUGUGGCUCAUUACUAAUAUAAGGAGUCCUUAAUUGGUACACUUUUGAUGGCUAGCUAGUUUAUAAAAUGCCUAGCUCACCUAUUUCUUGGAUCAUGUCUUUAAUUGAAAAAGGAAACACUCUUCUUUCUUAGCCUUACUUGAACCUUUCUGUAUACAAGAGUAGCACAACAAACGUUGAAAGCUUCUGAUCAAGGGUCCUGAAAUGUUCUUAUGUUUCUUUGCAUCAAACUGAAUUUUCUUGUAACAGAUCAGUUUUAAGUUGUUAGCAUCAGUAGGCUAACUCUUGCACUUGAUGUAUAUGUGAUUGAAAAAGUGAGAAUCAUGUUUUUAAAAAAAAAAUAGUGGCAAAGUGACAACUGUGCAUGUUUAUCAUCCCUGAGAUUUAUAGUUUAUGUAGUUCUUACAUUAUUUGUUAGCUGACUUGAUGUAUGCAUACAUUUCUAGAUACUGAUUUUGUGUAAUUAUAAAGGAUAUUUAUUGAGUCCAGGGAUUGCAUUUUGAAAUCAUUUUAAUUCUUUUUCUGAAGUGCUCCCUGCAAAGUGUAUAACAAAAAUAAAUAAACAUUUAAAAAUA